CCAGCUAACACUCAAAUGAAUUCGCACAAGUCACGCCGUCGCUCAUUAUCUGAGAGCUCCAAGCUCGACUACCUCGCCACACUGGCCGAGCAGGCCGACGAGCUUCCUGCCUUCGCGCCGUCACCCGAGGAGCCCGUGGACGACCAUUACCCACUUGUUCUGUCCGUGCGUCACGCCAGCGAGAGCCUCGCGGCACUGGAGCGCCGCUCCAAGUCCGAGAGCUUCAUCUGUACGGCACAGGGCAUCGUGUUCCAGGACACCAAGUGCCAAAGGUAUCAGUCCAAGCUCAACAAACUCGUAGCUCUUGCCACCAACUCCACCAGCACGCAGAGCAACGUGCUGCUUGCCAAGAAGGCACUGCGAUAUCGCAAAGUGCUCGAGCGCCGACGCGUAGCGACAUAAGAAGGAAAUGCAAGCGAACUCAAGGGUUUCGUACAGUCCGUAAAUGAGCUCCACGCGAACCAGCUUUCGUUAUUUUUCUUAUCAACCCUCACCAGUCAAGAAGUAAGGAAUCUUUAUGUUGUGGAACGUAGUCAAUUGCUUGUAGCUACAUAUUUAAAGCCAAAAAAAUGCAGCGUUUAGACACUUUGCGUUGAU